UCCAGCGGCCUGAACCAAUCCCGAGAAAGCGUUCUGCCGGUCUACUUGGGCUGCGAGGCCGGCACGGUGCGGUGGAGCUACCCUCGCGGUGCCCUGCGCGUCGUCCUCAAGGGGCCCGAGCCCGAGUUCGAGGCGCGCUUGAGACUGUCCAGGCGCUCGGGCGCCCUGGCCUACGUCGAGGCGGCGGACGGCCUGCUGCCGGCGCCCACGUCCUCGCGGAGUCCUCGCUGCUACACGUCGCGGGAGGGCAUCGUCGCCGUCUACGUCGAGUCCAGGUCGGCGCCGAUUCGCCGCCGUGUCAUGACGUUGACGUACACGGUGGGACGUGCGAGACUGAAGGGACUCGCCGGGCCCAGCUGGGGAGAAUGUCGCCCGUGCACGGAGACGGAGCUGCGUGAAGAGUAUUGCACGAGCGAUUUCGUUGCAGAAGCAGUCGUGAAGGAAACCAUCCCCGACGCCGAGCGACAUUGGACUCACUUCCGGCUUUUCGUGUCCCAAAACCACCGCAACUACUUACCAGACCUGGUAUCCAAGCCUCGGCGUUGCGGACAUUUCAAAACUGGCAGUGAACCUCUGCUGGUCAUGGCCCGCUGGCAUCUGGGCCACGCCUUGGUGACAUGUGCACCAAGGCUCUCCCAGUGGCAGCUGCUGACCUCAAGAUCCAGCCUUCCACGUUGCAGCAAACGCAUUGACGAUGCACGGUUUGCACCGCUGGAAUUGUCUUCAGUGUAGCGGUGCAUUAGGCUGUAAAUAAUUUAGGAGGACGAAUCUACCAGCCGUGCUUUUAAACCCACAAAGACUGUUCCGGAAAAGCCUCAGCGCUGUUGACACUUCGCAGCCUUCUGUGUGGAGCUUCUAGCAGUAACUGCUGAUGUCAUCUUGGACACGCUCUAGUGAUCUGCGCUUCGAGGCUGUCUUCUGGUGGAAGUUCCUGUCUUCAAGAUCCAACCUUCUACGACGCAGUGAGCGCGUUGACGAUGUGCGGUUGGCACCACUGGCAGCAGCAACGAUUUAAGUCUAGAAGUGCGUUAUGUUGUAAAUAAUUUAGGAAAACAAAUUUGACCAGCAGGUCACUGUAGACCACAGAGACUUUCCGUAAAAACCCUCAGCGCUGUGGACACUGCGGAACUAAUAUGAACAUCUAUUAAUUACGGCCAGCGUCAUCUUUGCAACAUUGUUUCACUCCCUCCCGGUGAUUUCCCAGUGGAUGUUUCUGGUUGUCAGAACAAAUGUGUGGAGUUUAUGACAUAAUAUACUCCGGAACUACCGGAGAUCGACUUUCUAGCUGUGACGCUGUGAUCUUGGAUGUGCUAGUUCACCUGUGCUCCGAUGUUUCCUAGGGACAAGUGUGACUGCUGGAUCAGCCUUCCUCAGUGUACCGAAGAGGGUUCACAUCGCGGAUGAGAAAAACGUCUUCACAAUGCUAAAGUAAUAGCGAUAAUUGGAAGUCUAAAAAAGAAAUGAAAUGGCUACCUUGAUGGGCUAAUUUACUGACGAUGGUAUUCUGUGUCCCUGCUUGUCAUUUGUAUGCUACUGAGAGAUCAGUUAUCAUAAUAAUAAUAAUUGUAAUUAUAAUAAUAAUAUUACUUUAUUUUCUGGUAGUGUACAAAAACAGCCAUAUAAGCCUUCUUAAUGGGACAUUGAA